CCUUUAUUAUGAAGCCGGAACGGAAGUAUAAAGAGACCGUACCAAAACCAACAUGGCGGACUCUACGCACGCUCUGAAAAUGGAAGAACGAGCAGAUGAAAAAACUGAAGUCGGUAGUGAACCAGUUGUAGUUGGUGUUGCUGAGAGUGAAGGGGGCAGUAAUACGAAAGGUGUGAUGAAUACUGUUGCAGAAGAAACAGGCGAUACUUUCAAGAAACCCGCUCUUUUCAUUGCCCCCAGUGUUUUCAGUCGGAAGGGAGUCGCUGCGGUACCGGGCGGCAGCAGAGUGACAGAGGCGUCGAAAGAGGUAUGUCAGCCCAAAGGCGAGUUGAGGGAUAAUAAGGAGGCCGGCAGCAGCGCCCCGUCGACGAUUGAAAAUUUCGGCGUACCGUCGGAGAAGGUAACCGAAACGGACGAGAAUGGUGCCCCCACCAAAGCCCCACAGAAAAUCAAGCCGAGGUUUCCUGCUAAACCUCCGCCGGAUGGGAAGUUAAAUGCCGCCCCCCCUUUGCCGUACACCGAGCCUCCUUGGGGAGGCUUAGCCGAAUCUGCAUACUCUUUCGAGAUCCUGAAGAACGGCACCAUUUUGGACACGCUCCCGCUCGCCGAGAGGAGCUUCUUCGUGUUCGGGCGCCUGCCCGUUUGCGACGUGUCUUUGGAGCAUCCCUCCAUCUCAAGGUAUCACGCGGUGGUGCAGUACCGCAGGCGCCCAGGGGAGCCGGGGGUUGUCGGAGAGGAGGCCGGCUUCUACGCCUUUGACCUGGGCAGCACGCACGGCACUUUCAUCAACAAGAACAAGAUCCCGCCGAAGACCUACAUCAGGCUGCGGGUCGGACAUGUACUCAAAUUCGGGGGGAGCAGCCGCCUGUUCAUCCUGCAGGGUCCAGACUCUGAUGAGGAGGCGGAGUCUGAGCUGACAGUAACUGAGCUGAGGGAGCAAGGCCGGAAGCAAAGGGCAGAACUGGAGAGGAGGAUGAUGGGGGAUGGCUCUGAUGAUGAUGAGGAGGAGGAGGAGGAGGAGGAGAAGAAGAAGGAGGAAGGGGAGAGAGAAUCCAGCACCAGGACCACGAGUUCCAAAGUGGAUUCGGGAUGUUCUUGGGGCAUGGAAGAGGAUGUGUUGCCUGAGGAGGAUGAGAAUGAGGAGAACCCCUUUGCCACGGAGUUCCAGGAGGACCAGGAGGCGGCGUAUCUGAAGGACCCCAAGAAAGCUCUCCAGGGCUUCUAUGACAGAGAAGGGGAGGAGCUGGAAUAUGAGUAUGAAGAUAAGGGCCACGGAACCUGGACCUGCAGGAUCAAGCUGCCUGUGGAUGACGCUCUGGGCCGGCAGCUGGUGGCUGAGGUGACCCACUCUGGGAAGAAGAAGGAGGCAGCCGUGCAGUGCUCUCUGGAGGCCUGUCGCAUGCUGGAGGCUCGUGGCCUGCUGAGGCAGGAGGCAGUGUCCCGCAAACGCAAGAAGAAGAACUGGGAGGAGGAGGAUUUCUAUGACAGUGAUGAUGACACCUUCCUGGACCGCACCGGGAUGGUGGAGAGGAAGAGGAAGGAGCGAAUGAAGAAGGCGGGGAAGAUCGCGGAGAGGCCCGACACCUACGACUCGCUGGUGGAGAAGCUGGCCGAGGUGGAGAAGGAGCUGGCCGAAACGGAGAAGAAGCUGAGCAGUUCAGCCAAGGGUGGAGUGCAGCGGUCGGCUGAGGACCCCCUGGACGCCUUCAUGAGUGGCGUGAAUGCCCCAAGCCCGCUGGACAGCAUUGAGCGCAGGAAGAUGCACGUGCGGGUGGCGGAGCUGCGGCGGGAGGCCCAACGUCUCCGGCGGCUCCAGGAGCUCACCAGGCCAGCGCAGCUGCCCCCCCUACAGGCCGGCUCCUCUUGCAGUCCAGGAGGGCACGGUGCCAAGCAGGCAGAGGGCAAAAAGCCUGCCCUGCCCAUGUUCGGUGCCAUGAAAGGUGGCAGCAAGUUCAGGCUGAGGACGGGCACCAUCGGGAAAAUGCCGCCAAAGCGAGCCACCCUGCCCGCAGAGCUCUUUGUCACCAAGGAGCUGCCCCCUGGUGGAGAGGAGGAGGACGACGAAGAGGAGGAAGAAGUAGAGAACGAGCAGGCGGACCCUUCCGGUGGGCGGGAUGGAGCAGACACGGAAAUAGAGGGCAGCUCAUCGGUGGCACCCGAGCCCCAGUCUCACAUUGGCACAGGGAAGAGUGGUCCCAAGAGGCCAAAACCGGUGGAGGAGCCAACACCAAACCGGGGAGAAGAGGAGGACGGGCGGCCACCAGAGUGCAGUGAUAAGAAGGAUGAGGUGAAGAGGAAGAGGAAGGUGUAUGGGGCCAGCAAGCCUUCAGUCACCUUGUCCACCCAGUACCCCAAGGAUGACCCAGACUACUGUGUGUGGAUGCCCCCUGCUGGUCAGUCUGGAGAUGGCCGCACCCACCUGAACGACAAGUAUGGCUACUGAACGAGAAGGAUUGGGCGUAUAAGGAGACAUCUGUCACCUACAGUCCGGCCAGAUAGAGGACACGUGCCCCACCCGUGUGCCCCACCCGUUUGCCCCACCCCUGGCCUCGGAACGGACCCUGUGCAGAGGUCAGCAUGUAACGUGUGGCUUCAGGACACUGCUUGUCCCAUCCUGUGUACUCCUGGUCUACCUGUAUGUGGGGAAAAGGGCACUUCAUGUCAGGGAUCCACCUGGGAAGAAGGAUCCCGGACACUUCUGACCCCUCUCCUCUAAUCUCCUUCAAACAUCACACGGUCCCUCAGACCCGUGUCUGAGCUCCGGGUUCCAGGCAUCGUGGCUGUGGCUUUGUAGGCCGUCUGGCAGCCAGCGUCACAUCAUGGGAUGCGAGCGAGCUGAUGAUGAACUGAAUGACAGAGAUACACAGCCCCCCCACACCACCAGACCUUAAUUACAAGUGACUCAGCAGAGCAACGUGGGUGGCAGCCUGUCUGGGGGAGGAUUAGGAUGCUUGGUGUAGGGCUUUCAUUCCCCCUCCCCAUCUGUAGUAUGGAUGACCCCCCCCCCCCCCCCCCCCCCAAGUCAUCUCUGUAUUAUUUUUUUAAUGUUAAUGUUUGUAAAGUAAAAUAAAACCGAGAUUUUGUGGAACAUGG